GCUCCUGAUGGUGGCAGCAGCGUUAGUGACGCAGUGUCUGUGUGCUCCACCCAACGGCCAGAGCUGAAGCACAAAACAACUCCGCGAGCGCUGCGCGAGUCAUGGCGGCAAAGAGGAUCUCCUGAAGAACAAACUCUCCGCAAACUCUCGCCAAAAGCGUGUAACAAGCCACCGACGACCGUCUGGAUCUCAUACAAAUAACAAAAAGUCCGCCUGACGAAGGAAUUAUGGUCACCGAGUGUCGACUUUAAAGCUAGCAGAGCGCAGCUAGCUCAAGAGUUUGGCGUCGCGACGAGUUUCGCGAACAGUGUGAAUAGAGUGUAAAUAUAGUAAUAUAUGUAAUUUAAUACAAAGUAGUGUGAGAAAAAGAACUCUUUAAGUGUCUCUCCGAGAGUUUAUUCGCUGUGUAGUGUGUCUGUGGACGGGUGGAGAUGGCUCAGUCGCCGGUAGCUGUUCAAGUUCCUGGAAUGCAGAACAGCCGAACAGACCCUGAGGAGUUGUUCACUAAACUAGAGCGUAUCGGGAAGGGCUCGUUCGGUGAGGUGUUCAAAGGCAUCGACCGCCGCACUCAAAACGUAGUGGCCAUCAAGACCAUCGAUCUUGAGGAGGCAGAAGAUGAAAUCGAAGACAUCCAACAGGAGAUCACCGUACUCAGCCAGUGUGAUAGUCCUCAUGUUACCAAAUACUAUGGCUCUUACUUAAAGGGUAGUAAACUAUGGAUCAUAAUGGAAUAUCUGGGAGGAGGUUCGGCUCUGGACCUGCUGAGAGCUGGACCCUUUGACGAAUGCCAGAUAGCCACCAUGCUGAAGGAGAUUUUGAAAGGUUUGGACUACCUGCACUGUGAGAAGAAAAUCCACAGGGACAUAAAAGCUGCCAACGUGUUGUUGUCUGAGUCUGGUGAGGUGAAGCUGGCAGACUUCGGUGUGGCGGGACAGCUGACAGACACGCAGAUCAAAAGAGAGACGUUUGUAGGUACACCGUUCUGGAUGGCCCCGGAGGUCAUCCAGCAGUCUGCCUAUGACUCGAAGGCUGAUAUUUGGUCUCUUGGGAUCACUGCCAUUGAGCUGGCCAAGGGCGAGCCCCCGAACUCAGACAUGCACCCAAUGAGAGUGCUCUUCCACAUCCCCAAAAACACACCACCCACCCUCAACGGAGACUUCUCCAAGACUUUCAGAGAGUUUGUGGACUCCUGUCUCAACAAAGACCCUACAUUUAGGCCAACAGCAAAGGAACUCCUGAAGCACAAAUUCAUCGUUAAAUAUGCCAAGAAGACAUCCUACCUCUCCGAGCUCAUUGACCGGCUGAAGCGCUGGAAAGCCGAGGGUCACAGCGAUGGAGAAUCAAGUUCUGACUCCGACUCAGAGCCCAGCAGCAAGGACAGCGACUCGUCUCCUGAGUGGUCCUUCACCACCGUCCGGAAGAAGAAGCCGGAAAAGAAGCAGCCCAAUGGAAUGGACGAAGAACUGCAGAAGAAGUCAGGCAGUUUAACCACCGUCAUGGCUCCUGUUUUUUCAGAGCUAAAAUCGCAGCACAGUGACGAUGACACGACGAGAGUUCUGGAGCAGCUGGAGAAGAGCCUGCAUGUGGCUGAAGACAUCUGUCCUGGUGUCACAGACCGGAUGAUCAGCCACAUCCUGGAGAGGGUGCAGAGGUUCUCUAUGAGUUAGUGCUGCAGUGAGACUGCACUGACCCUUCUGCUGUCAACCCUGAUGACUGCACCUUAACACACCCACACAUGUACAGAGACAGGAGGGACGCGGGGUAGCAUUA